AUGAUGUUUAAAACUGGUUGGGAUGGUGCAUCUGCAUUUACGUCACAGUCUACUAAGGGGGCUGGGGCAUUGGCUACGGCUGGUGUUGAGACAGUGUUUGUGGUGGUUGCUGUACUACUAGCCGCCGUGCUAUUAGCAACAGCGCUAUCAGCUGUGCUGCUGCGACUACUGCUCAUGCUCGGACUCGGAGCAGGAGCACAUGAAGCAGAGGCAGACGCAGUAGCUGUAGCAGGCUUGUUUGCAGACUUGAAAUAG